GCCAACCCUCUGCUGUGGUUAGGGCUGAUGUCCAUCUGUGUGGCCACUGUUCAGGCCCAGCUGCACCCAGUGGUCACCACCAAUUAUGGGAAAUUGCGGGGCGUGAAGGUUACAUUACCCAAUGAAAUCCUGGGACCGGUGGAGCAGUACUUGGGGAUCCCAUAUGCAUUGGCGCCGACAGGGGAGCGAAGGUUUCAGCCGCCAGAGUCACCCAUGUCCUGGCCGGGCAUCAGGAAUGCUACCCAGUUUGCUCCGGUUUGUCCUCAGUUCUUAGAGGACCGCUUUUUGCUCAAUGACAUGCUCCCUGUGUGGUUCACAGCCAACUUGGAUACACUGGUAACCUAUGUGCAGGAGCAGAGUGAGGACUGCCUGUACCUGAACAUCUACGUCCCCACGGAGGACGGGGCCAGCUCAAACAGUCAAGGCACAGAUUUUAACAGUAAUGAUGGCCAUAAUAAAGAUAUCCAUGAUGAGAACGGAUUGAAGCCUGUCAUGGUUUACAUCCACGGUGGCUCCUACAUGGAGGGAACCGGCAACAUGAUCGACGGCAGCAUCCUGGCCAGCUACGGGAAUGUCAUCGUCAUCACAAUAAACUACCGGCUCGGAGUUCUGGGUUUUCUAAGCACAGGCGACCAGGCAGCCAAGGGCAACUAUGGCCUGCUGGAUCAAAUUCAGGCUCUCAGGUGGAUCAAGGAAAACAUCCAGGCCUUCAAAGGAGACCCAAAGAGAGUGACCAUCUUUGGCUCGGGCGCUGGAGCAUCGUGCGUCAGCCUGCUCACCCUCUCCCAUUACUCAGAAGAUCUGUUCCAGAAAGCCAUCAUCCAGAGUGGCACGGCACUGUCCAGCUGGGCGGUCAACUACCAGCCUGCCAAGUACACACGAGCCCUGGCUGAGAAGGUGGGCUGCAACAUGCUGGACACCAUAGACCUGGUGGAGUGUUUGCAGAACAAGAACUACAAGGAGCUGAUCGAGCAGUACAUCACACCCGCAAAGUACCACAUCGCCUUCGGGCCUGUGAUUGAUGGAGAUGUGAUCCCGGAUGACCCCCAGAUCCUAAUGGAGCAAGGGGAGUUCCUGAACUAUGACAUAAUGCUGGGGGUCAAUCAAGGGGAGGGGUUUAAAUUUGUAGAUGGCAUUGUGGACAGCGAGGACGGGGUGUCUGCCAACGAUUUUGACUUUGCCGUGUCGGACUUUGUGGACCAUCUCUAUGGAUACCCGGAGGGAAAGGACACCCUGCGAGAGACGAUCAAAUUCAUGUACACAGACUGGGCGGACAAGGAGAACCCGGAAACUCGACGUAAGACCCUGGUGGCUCUGUUCACCGAUCACCAGUGGGUGGCGCCAGCAGUGGCCACGGCUGACCUCCAUGCCCAGUACGGAUCACCCACCUAUUUCUACGCUUUCUACCACCACUGUCAAAGCGACAUGAAGCCCAGCUGGGCCGACUCUGCCCACGGCGAUGAAGUGCCAUACGUGUUUGGAAUUCCUAUGAUUGGUCCCACGGAUCUCUUCAACUGCAACUUCUCCAAGAACGACGUGAUGCUGAGCGCUGUUGUCAUGACCUACUGGACUAACUUCGCUAAAACAGGGGAUCCAAACCAACCAGUUCCCCAGGAUACAAAGUUCAUCCACACAAAGCCCAACCGGUUUGAGGAAGUAGCCUGGACCAAGUACAACCCCAAAGACCAGCUCUACCUCCACAUCGGCCUCAAACCUCGAGUCCGAGACCACUACCGAGCUACCAAGGUUGCAUUCUGGUUGGAACUAGUCCCGCAUCUCCACAACAUCAAUGAGUUCUUUCAGUAUGUAUCCACCACCACCAAGAUACCCCCACAGGACACCACGCCCUACCCUUACACCAAACGGUUCCCGAACAAAAUUAACUGGCCGUCCACCACCCGUCACCCAGGGGUGCCGCCUGCUAACACAAAACAAACCACCGACCAGCGCAAGAGCGGUGACCUGACCGACGAGUCCACCGUGGUGAUCGAGACCAAGAGGGACUACUCCACGGAACUCAGUGUCACCAUCGCAGUCGGAGCCUCGCUGCUCUUUCUUAACAUCCUCGCCUUCGCCGCGCUGUACUACAAGAAAGACAAGCGGCGGCACGAUUCCAACCGACGUGUUCCCACGCCGCAGCGCAACUCCGCGCCUACCAACACCCCAUCCACUGCCAACGACGUGGCCCACCUGCAGAGCGAGGAACUGAUGUCACUGCAGAUGAAGCAGCAGCAGCUGGAGCUUGAGCACCACCACGAGUGCGAAGCACUGCAGGUCCACGACGCGCUACGCCUCGCCUGCCCGCCCGACUACACCCUCACCCUGCGCAGGUCACCCGACGACAUACCCCUGAUGACACCGAGCACCAUCACCAUGAUCCCAAACUCACUGGCUGGCAUGCAGCCUCUGCACAACUUCAAUACUUUUGGAGGCAGCCAGAACAGUACCAACUUACCCCACGGCCACUCCACCACACGGGUAUAG